AUGUCUGGUCAAAUGCUGGUGAAAGAUACUCAACUGGAGGUGGCCAUAGAGGAAACUAGAAUAGCAAUGUCAUACACAGAGUUGAAAGAAAAACAAAGAGAGGCCAUCACUGCAUUUGUGCGAGGAAGAGACACCAUUGUACUGCUGCCAACAGGCUAUGGGAAGUCGAUAAUAUUUAGUAUGCUGCCUUUAGUGUUUGACAAACUGAAAGGUUGCAAAGGUAGUAUAGUAGUUUGUGUCAGUCCGCUAACAUCCCUCAUGAUGGAUCAGCGAACAAAACUAUCUCCUAGAGGAAUUUCAUGUGAGUUUGUCGGUGAGGCACAGUGCAAUGAAACUGUAAUAAAGGAGGUGCUAUCAGGCAGAGUACAGCUUGUUUUCAUCAGCCCUGAAAACCUUAUCGGAAACCCCUUGUACAGAAAUAUGCUUCUGAAACCAAGGUAUAAAGAGAAUUUGGUGGCACUGGUUGUUGAUGAAGCACACUGUAUCAAGACAUGGGGAAAUGACUUUCGUGUUAUCAGAAAUGUAACAGAAUGA